AUGCUUGGAGAAGCAAUCAUUGCAAAUGGAAGUGGAAGACUUUCAUAUUCCAGUUUAAGCAUUAAUGGCAUCCAGCAAGACACGGUUCUUAAGUAUACCAUUAAACAAGUCUUUACAAACAAUUCAGGCACCAAUACCGACAUCUUUUACUGCAUACCUAAACAGCUUCAUGUUACUACUUAUGAUUAUCUAUUCAUUGUUGACAGGAACGAGAUCAAACCAAAAAUUUGCCACCAAUAUGAAGCUCAGGAUGUGACUAAUGUGUCAAAGAUUCAACAAUAUGAAGGUAAUGGACUUAACUCCUUCUUCUUGGGAAGCAUUGGACCAAACAAGACAAUUGAAAUUCAUCACAAAGUCUCUUUCAUGGCUAUGGCUAAUGAAAAUGGAUUUAUUUACACAUUCCCUCUAUCCAAUAAAGGGAUUUAUGGUCCAUUUACUUAUCAAAGGCCAGAAAAUUUCGAAUUCUCAAUACAUGUCAAGACUUUAAGUGAAUUAAAAGAAAUUAUUAAUUCGGUAAGAGGAACAAUAAAUGUUAUUGAUCCACACAAUGUUAUAUUUGCGACAAAAGAGUUCCCUAAUGAUGAAUCAAUAACAAUUGAAACCCAAAUCAAAGAUAAAGACAAUAAUAUUGCAAUUUGGAGUGAUGGAUAUAUAGCCAUUAGUACAUUCACAUACUUUGAAACAAAAGUGCAUUCAAAUUCCGAAUUUUAUUUCAUAAUCGAUUGUUCAGGUUCUAUGAGCGGCUCAUGCAUUCAAAAUGCAAAAUUAUGCUUGAAUAUCUUUAUGCAUUCACUACCAAUUGGAUGCAGAUUUUCAAUUAUAAAAUUUGGUAGUGAUUAUGAAGUUGCUCUCCAUCCAUGUGAUUACACUGACGAAAACGUCUCAGAGGCCAUGAAACAGCUAAACAAUAUCGAUGCCGAAAUGGGCGGUACUGAUAUUCUUUCACCACUGAAAUAUGUUAUGGAACUUACACCAAAACAAGGUUUUAUUAAACAAGUUUUUCUCUUAACAGAUGGCCAAGAUUCAAACACAAAUGAACUAUGUGCCCUUGCACAAGAGAAUAGAACCAACAACAGAAUUUUUUCAAUUGGAAUAGGUUCCGGAGCCGAUAAAGAUCUCAUUAUUAAUGUAAGCCAAAAGAGUGGUGGCAAUUACGUUUUUGUCGAUGAUGAUGAAAGCGAGAAGCUCAACGAGAAGGUCAUCGAGUUACUCAAUUCGGCUAUUUCAUAUGCUUUAAUGCAUGUUUGUUUUCAAGGCGAAAGAAAUCGCGCAGAAAUGUGGCCAUCACCUUGCCCACCGUUGUUUUCAAAGAAUUCACAAAACUUUAUCAUUAAGUCUGACAAAACUGAUAACGUUGUGAUCAGUGGAAUCAUUGACAAUGAAGAGGUCAGCAUUUCUAUUCCUGUUUCCAAAUGUGAUGAAAGCUUAGGAAUGAAACAAUUAUAUAGUCGUAAUCUAAUUGAUGAUUAUGAAUCUAUGCUUUCUCACAAGCCUGACCGUAAUCUCGAGCAAAAAUGUAUUGAAUUGUCACUUACCUCAGGCGUUCCUUGCAAAUGCACAUCUUUCACUGGUGUUCCAUGCAAUUCAGACAAUGGUCAAGUUGCCAACAGAUUGAUGUCAAAGCCGCCUGAAAAGCCUCAAAAAUUCUAUAAAUAUUCAAUCACACCUGAUGCAUCUACAGCUGAUCAGAAAGGAACUCCAAUCGCAUCAAAGCCUGAAGCAGCUCAAAAAGCAACACCAUCCAAUGUAAUUCCAGAAGAGAUUUCUCAAAAAGAAACACCAAGUGCAAUUCCACAAGCAAAAGUACAAAAAACUAUUCCUUGCCUUUACUUGAUUAAUCAUCAAAAUGUUGAUGGUUCAUGGGAUGAAUUUGAGGGAAUUAAUCAAGUAAUAAAAUCCAAGUUCGGACAUAAAGUCGCCGCAACAGUUGCAGGAAUUUUGUACCUCAGAACACUGUACAAAAAUAAUUUGACCGAAUUUUCUCUAAUGAUCAAGAAAGCUCUGUCAUUUCUUAUGAACAUAGACAGAAGCGUUAAUUGGAAUGAUUUGACUUGCAAAUUUAAUUAA